GAAAUUCCUGUCUUUGCUUAUCGUCUACAACUCCGGCCCUGCCUUCGCCAUUUCAUGCCUGGUUAGUCUGCUGGUGGGCGUGCUGCGAAUUUAUAGACUGAUCCCAGACGAGACGUGGACAGUGUCCGCAGUCUACGUGGCCUACCUUGUGAUCUUCCUGUUCUGGCAGCGCCUGCGUGCUUUGUUCUGUGCUCCCCGCAUGGUCUUCAUGGAUAAGCUAUGCGUUGCACAGCACGACGAAGAGUUGAAGCAAGAGGGCAUUGAGGGUCUGGCGGCGUUCCUCAAUUGCUCAAGACAGUUGGUGGUCUUGUUAAGCCCCCGCUAUCUGUCUCGACUUUGGUGCGUAUUUGAAAUCUCGACGUUCCUGCAAGAUCGGGCCUCGAUAAACAAAAUCCAGAUCAUGCCGCUCAAGACGGCCCUUCUGCUGUUGAUGGUGGCUAGCUGCUGGCAUCUGUUGGCCAGUUACUACUUUAGCUUGAUCAGGAAUCAGGUCACGGGCCAGCAUUGGAGAGGAGCGGAAAGCGGGCUCACUUUCACAUUCGCAAUGCUCAGCUUCUGCUCUGUGAUCGUUCCGCUGUCCUUCUAUGUCGGCAUAGGGCUGAUGGGCGAGCUUGGCGAGGUUCCCAAUCAGUUGCAGAGCUUCCGAGUUCAGGAUGCUAAAUGCUAUUGCUGCAGUCACUCGCACAUGCACCCUCACAGCGGUGAGACACUCCCUUGCGACCGGCAAUUGGUGUAUGAGACCUUCAAGAAGUGGUGGUCGGCGGACGCUGAGGAAGGGUCCGAGCAACACCUGGAGCGAUUCAACACCCUGGUCCGCAAGCACGUUGCUCCAAAAAUCGCGCGCGGAUUGGGAAUUGCCUUGCCGUUUCGCUAUCUUGUGUACAUGGCCGUGUUUUGCAUUGUGCCAUGGUUGUCGGACUUCAUGGCGUUGUGGGCUGAAGCGAGAGAUCACCGUGCCGUAAUCUCCAUGUGGAGUCUGAGACAUUACCUUCUGUGGGGCACCGUCGGCACAGCCUUGCCCUUUUCACUGGGAAUGUCUGUUUGGUUAUGGAAGUUGGGUUCGCGCAUCGAGAAGCGCUUGAACUCACGUUGGUGUGCUGUCUUCAUUGUUGUGCCGUUCUCGUUAUUUGGCGUGAGCGCUUUAUGGCUCCCAAUCAGCGUUAGCCUAGCAGCAACGCCGGAGGAUAAUCCGUUGCCAGUGUUCCUUUUCAUCGCGGCUAUAGCCAUCACGGCACUUGUUUGGCGUGGGCCCAAAUGUCAGGAGCCCCUACCAUCGAAGCAGCCAUCACCCCGUGUUUCUCAGGAAAAGGAGGAUGAUGCAACAUUUUCGAUCUAG